ACUUACCGUGCUGGACGGCGAGGGUCCGUUGUGACCGUCAAGUGGGCCUGCCCAUUUAACGUGAUAUGCUGCAAGGGACCGGCAGUGGAAUAUCGAGAGCACUCGAGACAGGUGGGCGGAUUUUGGGUUAUCAGAGUCGCUCAUGGAUAGCACUUGAGUUAGAGCGUCAGUUCGAAUCACACCGACAAAAUAACAGUAAAUCAAAAUCGUGUUAUCCUUGAAUCAGCGUACCUCGAUACCUUUGGAUUAUAAUUUUUAACCUACUGUUCUACCUGUCAGCGUGCACUUAUAAUUUGUCUAUCAUCUACGAGCUAAUAUCUUCUUGGAUUUCUGCAAAUCAUAUUUUUUUCUACUUUUUCGUUGUGCGUGAUCAGCUUAGUGACAAUGUUUUGAUAAGCGGCAGACCAAACCAUCGCCGGUUAAUGUUCGGUUUGAAGUAUACUCGUGAACAAUAGUUCGACAAAACUGAUGUGAAGGAAAACGACUGCAACUAGAAAAUAUUCCCGACCCAGACAAUGUGUGUUCCUCGAGUCGUUGCUGUUUUUGUGAUUCUGCUGACUGUUCGGGCAGACGAGAGAAAUGACCGCUACCAGUGGGAGGUCACGUGGGAACCCUGCUCUGUCACGUGCAGUACAGGAUACCAGAAGACUUCCGCUUCCUGCAAAGACGUAACUUCCGGUCUGUACGUUGAUGAACAUCACUGUGCCAAACACAGCCGACCUGAUGACGUCACUCUACAAUGUACACUUCCAGAUUGCACUACGAAACAGCAUUACCCCAACUGGUACAUUGGAUCGUGGUCACCGUGUUCGACAACUUGUGGGUAUGGCUACCAGCAAAGGGAGGUAAUCUGCACCAGUCUGUUUGAUCCAGACUGCUCGGUAGAUAACAAACCGCCGGUGAAAAAAGCAUGCAGCACGGGUGUCUCGUGCGGUGGUACAAACAGAAGACAAGAUUUUACCCCGGAUUACGUGGAGCCGUAUUCGGUGAACCCCAGGAAGAGCAGUCUGACACUCGACGGGACACCAGUCGAACCAAGGUACGUGGCCGGUGAUUGGAGCUUGUGUAGUAUCACGUGCGGACUUGGUGUUCGCACGCGACGGGUGCUGUGUAAGGUAUUUUUCACCCCCAGGCGUCUGCAGUGGACGGUGCCAGACAGAGAGUGUUACGGUUUGAAACCCGCCGAGAAGGAAGACUGCGUGGUAGAGGAGUGCGAUGACCCCCUGGACAUGAGUUUGAACGAAAUUUACGGGACGGGGGAAAACUUCAAGUGGAUCUUGGGAAACUUCUCACAGUGUUCUCGAACCUGUCUUGGAGGCCAGCAAAGAACGCGACUGGAGUGUGUGCGUGAAGUGGAUGGCACGAUCGUUAGUCCGACCUACUGCAGCAACUCACUAAAACCCGUCACCAAGACUCGAGUGUGCAACGAUAUUCCAUGUUUACCAAGAUGGAGAGUGGAAAACUAUGGACCCUGCACAUCAGAGUGUGGCGGAGGGAUACAGAGGAGGAGGGUGGAGUGUGUCCGCGAAGUCCGGUCUGGAACGACAGAGAUCCUGGACGACUACAGAUGCCCAGACCCGAUCCCAAUCUCUGAGCGAAGCUGCAACACCCAGUUCUGCCCUGCCAAGUGGAUGACUCGGAGCUGGUCUGAGUGUUCUGGAACGUGUGGACCAGGGGUACAGACCAGGCGGGCGUACUGUGUCAAAUCUCCGGUCAGAGGUCACCAGGUCACCGUGUCCGACACCGAAUGUCUCGGUCCGAAACCUAUGACGUCACGCCGGUGUCACCACCUCAACGACUGCUUUGCAACACCGCAAGCGGCCCCGUUCAUCAAGGCCGAGAACUACACGUUCAUCCAGUUGAAAAGGUCGAAGAAAGUCAAACUUAAUGUAGGGGGACGAUUAGUUUUACUUCCAGGACAGUCCUUGACCAUAAGGUGCCUGGUUAAGAACUUCCACAGGAAGCUAAUAUUCUGGAGUAAAGGCUACAAACUGAUUCCAAUGGCUGGGAGGGUCAGAACAACAUUCAGUGGCAACCUGAAAAUCCGGAAGGCAAAUCCAAGCACGGACGCCGGGACCUACACGUGCAUGGCAGGUUCCGAGAGCGUUGACGUCACAAUAAACUUUCACACAAAACUCGAAGCUAGGAGAAAAGCGAAAGAGAUGAAAAACUAUAUUAUCAAUAAAAAUAAUAUAUUCAUUGGAGUUCCCCCGCAAGACUCCAAUGGUAGCUUGUUAACUGAAAGGGGUGUCGUGAGCGAUCCACAGUAUAACAUAUCAAAGAAAUAUAUUUUCACAACCGGCGCUUGGUCGCCAUGUUCAGUCACGUGUGGUUCCGGAAACAGGAGGCGUAAUGUGACAUGCGCAAAAGUGACGGAAAAAUACGUCAAGAUUCUAGGAGACAGAGAAUGUAUAAAGAUGGGUCUUGCAAAACCUCAGUUCAUUGAAAAAUGUUCUAUAAGUUUUGAUUGUCCCAUCUGGAAAAUUGGAGAAUGGAAUAAGUGUUCCAGGACCCACUGUGUUCGUGAUGGGUUGGGUCAACAGAAGCGCCCUCUAGACUGUGUCUACACGAACGGCUCGAUCGCCAGGCUGGAGGUGUGUAAUCAGGCAGAGCGACCGCCUCACAAACAGGAGUGUGACAACCACGACUGCAUGUCGAUGUGGAGGACCACCAAGUGGACGAAAUGCCGACCACUGUGCGCCAAAACGGGUUUCAAGACAAGGAUUUUAACCUGUAUCUGGAAGAAGACCAGACUGCCCGCCUGGUCAACGUGCAAGACGAAAGCUCGUCCUUCCCUCAAGAAGGCUUGUCAACCGCAUUAUUGUGGAGAUCAUUGUGUGGACCAAUCACGUUACUGCAGCAUUGUGGGGAUGUUAAAGAUGUGUCGUCUGCGCGAGUUCAGGAGGCGCUGCUGCUCCACGUGCAAAAGACUAGCUUCACUGAGAUCUUGAUUCUCUUCUAUUCUCUUCUCUUCUUCUCUUCUCUCCGCUCCUCUGGGGAAUUCAUGUUACAAUUCUAAAGGCGCCGUCAUACGAUAUGAGUCUCUCGUACGAGGAUUGCUGAUUAUAACAAGACAACGUUACGAUUUUAUUGAUUGUUAUUCAAUCGAUCGGCUAUUCUCGUACUAGGCACUCGUAUCGUGUGGCGUCGCCUUAAUCUAAGGCGUGUUCAAGAGGCCGAGCACUGUUUGUUGCACCUAAUGUUAUAUUUAGUGUCAUAGGAUGUGGCGUGUUUAGUCUCCGUGCUUAAAAAGGCUCAUACAGACUGGAUGCGGCGCGUGCGUGCGGCCCGAUUGAAAGAAAGAAAGAAAUGUUUUAUUUAACGACGCACUCAACACAUUUUAUUUACGGUUAUAUGGCGUCAGACAUAUGGUUA